UCUUUAAUUGAGAAAAUUAAUUUCAUUCCUGUGUGAUCUACGUAUAAAUUAGAAUCAUAUCGUGGUUUAUCUAAUUAGAAUUAAUAAUAGCACUUGCAAAAGAUUCCAAAUAGAUUUUGUUAUUGUAUUAGUAUUGUGUACUCAUGUAAUAAAUUGUGCGUCGAAUCAUCGAAAGUUUCAUCUGUCUGGUGCAGAACAAUAACCUUUCGUCAUUGUGUACGGCGUUAAAUUGCGUGAAAUUAAACAAAAAAUAUAACAGCCACAAUCGUGAGCGGUAUGGCGAAGGAAGAGGACGAUGAUAACCUGCCCGAUAAAGAUGCAGCCAAGGAGUUUUACGCGAAGUACGAGCCAAAGGAAAUCAUAGGAAGAGGCAUAAGCUCCACUGUCAGGCGGUGCAUAGAGAAGGAGACAGGUCGAGAGUAUGCUGCUAAAAUCAUCGACCUCAGCCAGGAGUCGCACGAUGGCGUCGACACGCACACCAUGCGCGACGCCACGCGGCAGGAGAUCCACAUCCUAAGGAUGGUGGCAGGACACCCUUAUAUUAUUGAACUACAAGACGUGUUUGAGUCCGAAACAUUUAUAUUCUUGGUGUUUGAGCUGUGUAAGAAUGGAGAACUGUUUGACUAUCUUACUUCUGUCGUCACACUAUCAGAGAAGAAGACGAGAUAUAUCAUGAGGCAAGUGUUGGAGGGCGUGCGGUUCGUGCAUAGCAAGAGUAUCGUGCACAGAGACCUCAAGCCGGAGAACAUCCUGCUGGACGACCAGCUCAACGUCAAAAUUACUGAUUUCGGCUUUGCGAAGGUGCUUAAGGAUGGGGAGAGGUUGUUCGAAUUAUGUGGCACGCCGGGCUAUUUAGCUCCGGAAACACUGAAAGCCAACAUGUUUGACGACGCGCCAGGGUACGGAAUGGAGGUGGAUAUAUGGGCAUGUGGCGUCAUCAUGUUUACUCUUUUGGUUGGUUGCCCGCCGUUUUGGCAUCGCAAGCAGAUGGUGAUGCUGAGGAAUAUCAUGGAGGGGAAAUACUCCUUCACAAGCCCUGAGUGGGUAGACAUAUCAGAAGAUCCCAAAGAUCUCAUCAGGAGGCUGCUAGUAGUAGAUCCGAACGAAAGGAUUGGGAUAGUAGAAGCGUUGAAACAUUCGUUCUUCAACACAGUGUUGUGGGACCAAGACAUGACGCCGCUCAAGAAGUCCCUCUCGAACUGCAGUAGAAGGAUGUCUAGAAUCGACCAGUUGACUAUGGCGAUAAAGUCGGGUCGUUUCAACGCGCGGGCGAAGCUUCGUCUCGGCUUCGUGGCGGUCCGCGCGGCCGUACGACUCAGCAGACUGCCUCACACUGCCACGCGAGCUCUGCCUUUACAGGACGCAGUACGGGACCCUUACACCACGCGAGUUCUCCGGAAGGUCAUAGACGGAUGCGCUUUUCGCGUAUAUGGGCACUGGGUGAAGAAGGGCGAGGGCCAGAAUCGGGCCGCUUUAUUCGAGAACACGCCUAAGACGGAGCUCAAGAGUCUGUACGUCAGCAACCUGAGCCGAUAGCCGCGCUGCCUCGGCGUUUGGACCGCCCCCUUGCCUCUUCUGCGCCCCUGGUAGAUGGGUAGCAGCAUCCCGGAGUGAUGUCGCAGUACGUUCCCGAGUCAACACAACGCCCUGCCGAGUGAAGUACGUAGGUUAGCAGUAGUAACCCAUAGGUAAUACUAGUUCAAUUUUAUUGCGUCGUAUUAUAUGUUAAACUGUACGGCUGCUAUAUAAUAGUGGCACUCGUACUAUGUUUGUAGAUAACAUACAUGUAGUUUCACAGUGAAAUGUUUGAAAUUUUGUAUCGGCAACAGUAUGAAAUGAGAAUUUCGCGUGUUUUGUUUUUGUGUUACAGCAAUAAAUCAAAGAUUGAUUAGUAGUCGUUCCUUAUUUAUAUAAGUAUCUUUAAUGAACUUCUCAAAAAACUAAGGUCA